AUGUUUUCGCAGAGUUCAUCAUUCCUCCAACAACCUUCUCAUGCCAUUGGCAAGAAGCGGUCUCACGAGGAGGCUUCACAUAAUCUCGAGCCAGAUGCAUCACACUGCAAUUCGCAACAUAAUGGGAUGAAUGGUGAGGGAAUGGUGUUCGUUAAACCGCGUGCGGUUUCAAUUGGUGAAACAGAUAACCAAUCUGGCGCUCAGCUUGACGAUUUGAUCACUGAACAGGACGGGAGUGGACUAGCAAAUGGCCGGCCUCUGAGAAGCCACAAAUCCCAAAGGCUUCUCGUUGGGAGCGACCACGCGUCUUCUAGUAAACCAACAUCGGCGACCUCAUUGCCAAACGCAGAUGGCUCAGAAAACGGUAUUAAUGACGAGAUAGUCAUCGAUCACUUCACACUACACCUUGGCAUAGGCUGGAAAAGGAUCAAGGAUAGUGACCAUGUCCAAGCGGCUGCUAGGGGAUGGGCACGAUUCAUCGAGAAUAACUAUCCUCUCACUAACGUUAACGUCUUGCUGGAAAGCAAAGGCCUGCAGUCUUACCUCGUCGAGUCCACAGAAGGCUUCUAUCUUUUUACAGAAGAUUUGCGUCAAGCACAAUUGGUCAGCCAAAAUGCAACUAAAGCAAUCCAGAAUCUACAACAAAGCCCGCCAAUAUUCGACAGCAUGAACCUUUUAGCUGCUGAAAUAUCAAAUACGAGUAAUAACAGUGUUAAAAAUAAUAUAUUUGAUAUAUAG